AUGGGGAGAGCUCUGAUGCAAACCACCCUCUUUUGUCUGUUUCUGACUUUGGUCACCUCAUUACCAAAUAAAGAUGACUGGGACAUCUACAGCUUUCACAUCAACUCCACAGUGACCAGUCGUUACGCUACAACAGUCAUCACAAGCCGCGUGGCCAAUCGAAUGAACGAAUCCAAGGAAGUAGAAUUCCAAGUGCGGAUUCCCAAGAAUGCCUUCAUCAGUAAAUUCAGAAUGUUUAUGGACGGCCAGGUGUACGAUGGUGUUGUGAAAACCAAGGAACAGGCUCAGCAGCAGUACACUGCAGCUGUAUCCCGUGGGCAAAGCGCUGGGCUCGUCAGCUCUGUAGGGAGGACCCUGGAGGAAUUUAAGACGUCAGUGACUGUGGCUGCUCACCAAAAGGUGACCUUUGAACUCACGUAUGAGGAACUGCUGAAACGCAGGCACGGCAAGUACGAACUGCAAAUCCAUGCUCGACCGAUGCAGCCUGUCAGCGACUUCAAGGUUGAUGUGUACAUUGAUGAAAAGGCUGGCAUCAGUUUCCUGGAGGUUAAAGGUGGACUAAGAACCAAAGCUCUGGCUAAUGCCAUCACCAAAACACUGACAGACAAACAGGCGUGGGUGUACUUCUACCCAACUGAAAGCCAGCAGAAGACAUGUGACAGCUGUGGAGAGCAGGGUAUGAAUGGAGAUCUGGUUAUUGUUUAUGAUGUCAACAGGGACAUUUCAGUUGGUGACAUUAAGGCAUCAGGUGGAUAUUUUGUUCACCACUUUGCUCCGUCCAGUCUUCCACGGAUACCAAAGAAUGUUGUCUUUGUUAUUGAUCAAAGUGGCUCCAUGAGUGGGCGAAAAAUACAACAGACCAGGACAGCAUUAAUCCAUAUUUUGAACGAUCUGAAUGAAGAUGAUUUUUUUGGUCUCAUCACUUUUGCUGGUAACAUUUUUCACUGGAAGAGAGAACUUGUUCAGGCCACCAAGACAAACGUGAACAGUGCCAAGACUUUUGCACAAAAUAUUCCAGCCAGUGGAUCCACUGACAUUAAUGCAGCAGUGCUGGAAGGAGCUCGUAUUCUGAAGGCACAUCCCAGAGAAGGUUCAGCAUCGAUCCUUAUACUUCUGACUGAUGGAGACCCAACCUCAGGGGUGACAAACUUUAAAAAAAUACAGUCCAAUGUCCGAAAGGCCAUUGCAGGCAAAUUUCCUCUCUACUGUCUUGGUUUUGGUUUUCGCGUCAAUUUUGAAUUCCUUGAGAAGAUGUCACUGCAGAACAACGGUGUAGCACGACGGAUCUAUGAGGACUCUGAUGCUGACUUACAGCUGAAGGGUUUCUAUGAAGAGGUGGCCACUCCUCUGUUGACCAAUGUAACCAUGAUGUACACAGGAGGCACCAAUCUGACCCAGACUCACUUCACACAGUAUUAUAAUGGCUCUGAGAUUGUGGUGGCUGGUCAGAUCACUGACAAUGACAUUGAGACCUUCACUCCAGAAGUUAUAGCCAUUUCACAUGACUGUGGGCCACAACAGGGAACAGGCAGUGUGAGGUUUUCUGAUACUAAUCCCACUGUGGAAUCGACUGACACAGUGUCUGACAGCCGCCUUCAGAGGGUUUGGGCCUACCUCACAGUCAAACAACUCCUGAACAAGGCGCUGCAGUUGUCUGGGCCUGAGAAGGAUCGAAUGAGGGAAGAGGCCUUGAAGCUGUCACUGAAGUACAGCUUUGUGACCUCACUCACAUCUAUGGUGGUCACAAAGCCUGAGGGAGAAAACUCUGAUGUGCUGCAUAAACCCAAAGAAGGCCAGAUGCAGCCUAUUCCAGACUGGAUUGGAGGUCAUAUAAGAACAUAUCCAUCUUCAGAUAUUACUGCUAGUCCUGCUUCUCCCCAUGGCACAGUAGCUACUGAUAUUACUGCUGGUCCUGCUUCUCCCCAUGGCACAGUAGCUACUGUUCCUGUUUUGCACAGGUUUUUGAUUAAAACUGAGAAUCAGUCUCUUCCACUCUGCUUUGACGUCCCUGGAGACACUCGCCUUAAACUACUUCACCAUCCCAGUGAGGAGCUGUCUGUGAUUGGUCUCCUGGAUUCACCACCAAAUACAGGAUUCAAACUAAUUGUCAUCCACUUUAAGAAUAGCCAGGUUGUUGAGCUGUGCCCUGACGGCCUCAUUAAGCAACAGGUUCAAGGAGUUAUGCAUUACACUGGACAGAACCUUGUCUCAACUGACAUAACUGCUAUCGGACGAGACAAGGAAUUUGAUGUUGCCAUUGGAGACACUCGCAUGGUCGUCUUAAUUCAUGAGGUGGAUGGUAACAAGUUCCUCUGGCCGGUUUUAAGACAGAAGCCGUCAGACAACAGCAUUGAUGGGAUUUUAGUUCUAAAGCCAGCAGUUUAUGAGGAGGUGCAGCAAAGUCCCUCCACAAAGCUGAAGAUCAGAGAUCAGGAGAUUGGUGUCACCAGAUCCAGUGCUGUUGACUACACUAUUUCUGCUGCCCCAACACUGGACUGCUGGUUCAUGUCUGCUGAAUCUGCUCUGCAGAGACGCCUGGAUGAUUUCAUUGUUUAAUCACCAGAAAUAUAAAAUAAAGAAAAAUAAUUAAUUCACUAUAGAUGAAAAUUGCAAAUCAAUAAAACAUAUUUCAAACCUUU